ACACAGUGAGUGGUCAGAGCAGGGACAGAUGGGACAGCAGGACACUCCAGUGGACCCCAAACCGCUACAAGUACCUCCUAUAACUGCCCAACCAAAAAGGCAGCUCUUCUGGAAAGAGACGCUUGACGUUAUUGUUAUUUGUGCUCACACACACUUCACCUGAGAAAGCUGGGCUCGCUGUACUGGGAGAAUACUGAACACUAGAAGGAUGCAAGACGGGAUCUGGAACCAGCCACUCCCCUUAUCUGUGCUGCUGAAGGAUCCGGAAGGAGGCGGGGGACUGGAGGGGGAUGGGGGAGUGUUCUCGGAGGCGUCUUCUGAGGGAGAUCUCUUCCUGGACUCGGCGGCAUCGGCGGAGCUGGAUUCAGGAGAUUUCUCCCAGCUCUCUGCGUUCCUCAGCGCGGAGGAGAUUCACCGCAGUCUGGAUCUGGCCUUCGAGGCCUUCGGGGAGACUCCAGGAGACCCCCGAACGCCCACCUCCCCCCACGAGCUGGCCCUCCCCCACAACCUCCCCCUUAUAGACAGUCCCAGCACUCCCCUUGUCCCACCCCAGCACAGUAAACCCCUCUCCCCAGACCAGGGAGUCCCAGUAAAGGUCACCUCCAGCCAGAGCGUCCUCCUAACCAGGCCCCAGCAGGCCUCAUUCGGAUCCCCAGCCUCGCCUGAAAAGUUUAUCUGUCACAAGAGCAUCCCCCCGGUGUACAAGCAGGACAAGCCGAGGCUGGUGCACGCGGGCCUGGAGCUGAACGAGCGUGCGGCAUCCGCCACGGAGUUCUGCAGCCGGGCCGCCACCUUCAUCGAGGAGCUAUCCUCCAUCUUUAAGGGCUCCGCGCGGCUGGAGCAGCAGGUGGACGAUGACUCCUCCUCCCCCGACAGCGGAUACCUGUCCCCCCGUGCCCACCGCCCCGCCCCCUCAGCCUCUGGCCCUUCCCGCCAGGGAUCAGGACCCGCUAACCAGGAAUUAGGCCCCACCCACCAAGGCUCCGGGUCUGCUCCCUCGCAGCCCCAGCCUCCCCCAUGUGGUCAGCCUCCGGGGCUGGGGGAGGGGCCAACACCAGAGGGGGGUCAUGGGGUGGGGGAGGGAGCUAGGGGGCUGGGGGAGCUCUCCCCCCCUCGCUUCUCCCAGAAGCUGAAGAGCCAGGAGGUGUCCGAGGGGAGCCCCAUCAAGCUGGAGUGCAGGGUGACAGGAAACCCCCUGCCAUUGGUCAGGUGGUUCUGCGAGGGCCGGGAACUCCACAGCAGCCCAGACAUCCAGGUGUGGCGCGACGGCGACCUGCACACGCUGGUGAUCAACGAGGCGUUCGAGGACGACACGGGCCGCUACACCUGCGUGGCGUCCAACAGCCUGGGUGCCGACCACACCGAGGCCGAGGUCUACAUAGAAGGAGCUUCGUCUUCAGACUCAGAAGGAGAGGGCUCGGCGUCCAAGCACCGGUCAGAAGACAUGGCUCAGGUUCAGAAGAAGACCACCUCUGUCUCCUUGACGAUCCGUUCCUCCUCCCCCAAGACAUCUGACCCCCAACCUCACCGUUCCACCCUUGUCCAGCCCUUCACUCAGCGGAUGCAGAGUCCAGUCUCCUCUCUCUAUGGGGGCGACGGCCCUGUCGCGGCCCCCCCUGUCUUCACUAAGGUGUUGGUGGACUCCCAGGCCUCGGAGGGCCAGGUGGUGGUUCUGGAGUGCCGUGUCCGAGGCAGCGCGCCCCUGCAGGUGCGCUGGUUCCGCCAGGGCCAGGAGAUCCAGGACUCCCCAGACUUCCGCGUCCUUCAGAAGAAGCCCCGCUCCGCUGCAGAGCCAGAGGAGAUCUGCACGUUGGUGAUCUCGGAGGCGUUCCCAGAGGAUGGGGGCGUGUUCUGCUGCACCGUCACCAAUCCCUACGGCUCCCUCAGUAGUUCCGCCCACCUCUACGUCUCUGGAGCAGCGGAAGACUUGCCCACUAACGGUGUAACCAGGGGUGACGUAUACGGGGACAACACUAUGUUGGAAGACGCCCAGGCCUUCCCCCCGCCCCCCCCGCCCACCGAGAUCAGCCAAUUGGAGCUGCCGCCCAAGGCCCCGCUGAGCGUGGAGGGUUACCAUGUCAACGAGGUGGAGAUCUGGCCAAGCGUGUCAGCGGUCCAGCCAGGCCCUGAGGGGGUGGAGCCAAGCCAGGGGGCGGGGCCAGGUCGCAAAGGACUGCCCGUCAGCCCCCCACCUCCCCACAGCCCACCCAGAGACCACCUCCCCCCCCCUCCUCCACCUGAGUCUGUUAUGGAUGUUCCAGCUUCUGCCCCAGCCUUGACCCCAGCCUCGACCCCAGCCCCAGGGAAGGAAGGGCCUCCACUGCCCACCAAGCCUAAACCUAAGCUAGAGGAGAGUAGAGCGGAGGAACUACAACAUGGCAGGAACGCCGCCCAGCUGAAGCACCUCCAGCACCAGAUCCUUCUAGAACAGCAGGAAGCAGCCGAUUGGCUCCUGCAGCAGCAGCAGGAAGGACAGCAGGAAGUCCCUCCCCCUCCGCAGGAAAUCCACCUCAUCUCCUCCUCUCCCCCCUCCUCCCUCCUUCCAGGAGCUGGAAAGCAACGCCAUGCAGACCAGCACUUCAACUACGCCCGCCCAAGCAGUUCAUCGCUGCCCAGGGCCCAGCGGGGGCCUCUGGGGGGUUCAUCACCCAGUUCCUCUCCUUCCUCCACCCUCUCCUCCCCCCUCUCCCCCUCUGCCUCACACAAGCCCUUUAGUAAGGUCUCCCUCCCCCCCUUCCAGCCUCCCCCCUUCAGUAAGACCAACAGCCUGGAUUCCCCCUCCUCUCCCUCCUUCCCCCCUCCUCCUCCCCCCUUCCUCAGCCCCAGCACCUUGUCCUCCCCCUCUGGCCCCGGCCAAGACUUCCCUCCCCCGCCUCCCCCCCCUCCCCCGCCCAUCCUCUCCUCCUCCUUCUCCUCCUCCACCCCCCAGUCCCCAGCCUCCAGCUUCCUCUCCUCCGUCCUGCCAUCCCCCACCUCCUCCCCCGCCUCCCCUACCGUCAACGCUCUGGGGCUGCCCAAAGGCAAUGGGACUGGCGAUGCCCGCCGGCCCACCCCCCGGACCCCUCGCCUGGCAUCAGACUCAGACAUCCAGGGCUCCAAGGACGCCGUCAUCCAGGACCUGGAGAGGAAGCUGCGCUUCAAGGAGGAGCGCAUGAGCAACGGACAACAGAGGCUAACGUACGAGGAGAAGAUUGCUCGCAGGCUGCUGGGAGCGGACAACGCUGCCACUGUCUUGAGCCAGGAGGGAGACGAUGAGCCUGGCACACAGGAGUAUAAGGUGUCCAGCUUCGAGCAGCGUCUGAUCAGCGAGAUAGAGUUCCGCCUGGAGCGUUCUCCAGUGGAGGAGUCUGACGAGGACGUGGAGCAUGACGACCAGCCUCCAGACCAGGGGGGGGCGCCCUGCUUCCUGCACAAGCUCAAACACUACAAGCUGUUCGAGGGCAUGCCCGUCACCUUCUCCUGCAAGGUCACAGGAGACCCCAAGCCCAAGGUGUACUGGUUCAAGGACGGGAAGCAGAUUUCUAAGAUGAGCGAGCACUACCGUAUUAGCCGUGAGGCGGACGGGACGUGCUCCCUGCACACCGCCAGUGCCUCGCUGGACGACGACGGAAACUACACCAUCAUGGCUGGAAACCCCCAGGGGAGGGUCAGCUGUACUGGCAGGAUGAUGGUGCAGGCAGUGAACCAGAGGGGGCGGAGCCAGCGGUCCACACCUGGUCACAUUCGCAGACCCAGGUCCAGGUCCCGGGACAGUGGAGAUGAGAAUGAGAACAUCCAGGAACGCCACUUCCGCCCUCACUUCCUGCAGGCUCCUGGCGACCUCAUCGUUCAGGAGGGGAAACUGUGCCGCAUGGACUGCAAGGUGAGUGGCCUGCCCACCCCAGACCUCAUCUGGCAGCUGAACGGCCAGACAAUCCGCCCCGACUCCGCCCACAAGAUGCUGGUGAGGGAAAACGGCGUCCACUCACUGGUCAUCGAGUCGGUGACCAGUCGCGACGCUGGGAUCUACACCUGCAUCGCUAGUAACCGCGCAGGACAGAACUCCUUCAACCUGGAACUCAUUGUUGCAGCCAAGGAAAUGCACAAGGCCCCCACGUUCAUUGAGAAGCUGCAGAACACGGGCGUGUCUGAGGGCUACCCCGUACGCAUGGAGUGCCGCGUGUCGGGGACGCCCUACCCCCAGAUCUUCUGGAAGAGAGAGAACGAGUCGUUCACCCACAGCACGGACAGGGUCAGCAUGCACCAGGACAACUGUGGCUACCUGUGCAUGAUCAUCCAGCCGGCCAUGAAGGAAGAUGCAGGCUGGUACACUGUGUCUGCCAAGAACGAAGCUGGGAUCGUCUCCAGCACUGCACGUCUCGACGUCCAUGCCCAGUGGCAGCAGCCAAACCUACCAAAGCCUAAGAGGGUGCGUCCGUCCACCAGUCGCUACGCCGCGCUGACCGAGAGAGGCCUGGACGUGAAGGCUGCCUUCUUCCCUGACUCCGCCCCCUUCUUCCCCGACCCCUCCCCCCUGCAGCCAGGAGGGCUGGUGGAGAGCGACGACCUGUAGAGCCUAACGGGGGGGUUCAACCCGCCAACCCUGAGAACUGACCCCCUCACCUGUCCACCUAAAACCAUGCAGGGGACAGGAACUACAACUCCCAUCACCUAAGGGAUUCAUGAUAAUGGCCACAUGUACCAGAUGACUGAUGGGAAAUGUAGUCCUGUCCGUCACCCCUUCCCCUUUUGAUAUCUGUGUGUAUCCCAAGCCUCCUUAUCAUCCGCCAGUCCUGAGAAGCUGAACUCAGCCCUCUGGGCGGGCGCAUCGCGCUGAAGACUGGCCGUCCUCGUCCCCGCCGAAGUGCCUGAGAAUCCUCAGAGGAGCAGCGAACACCUCCCUCACGCUGAAAACAGUAGCAUUAUUUGCAUGUUAAAGGUGCCAUUUUAAUCUCCCACCAUAUGCAUAAUAUACUGUAUCUAAAUGUAGAAGUACCUCCCCCUCGGACAUCCCAGGUGGAGGGUGGGGUGCAGCAGGGAUGAGAGGGAGCCCAGGGCGUUGGGGCAGCGGUCUGGGAGGGGCAUGGGAGCAUACUAUCUUAGACAUCAGCAUUGUCCCACUAAUGUAGCUAUAGAGUAUUAUCAUUACUGAUUGAUAUUUCACAAGGCCGGCCCUUAUAUUCUUUUCUUGUUGAUUUUGAGUCAAAAAAAAGACUUUGAAAGUUGAAGCUGUUUGGAGUCUUGUGUAUGUGAGAUGGAAUGUUGGUGGGUGUCCUCACCUGAUUGGUGGAAAGGGACGGUAUAGUAAGGACAUGGGAAGUAGAGUUUAGUAGGGGUCGGUUGUGGUCCAAUGAGAGGGAUGAUGAGGCAGGAAGUGUUUCAGGAUGACUCAGGACGGAUGGAAGUUUGUUGAUGAUGUAGGGUGUCUCUUAACUCCAUCUACAUGUCCUGAUCCAGGCUACAGAGUGCUGAUCACACCAGGUGUUGUUGUAUGAUGAAGAUGGAUCCAGGUUCUAGGGACAAAACGACACAUGAGAUCAGUUUUAUUUCUCACAUAUAAACCUGCAUUGAAUAUCCUGCUUAGGAAUAGAGUAUACAUGUCCUUAGACGAUCACUUGUUAAGACCUGUUAAGAUCACCCGUCUGUGCAUGCUAUUAUACACCACUUAUACAGUGCCAAAUUACCAAUCGGUUAACAUAAGUACAACUUUUUAUGCUUCCAUUAUUCAGUGUUUAACCAGUUACAAAGUUUUAGGUAGGAAAGUGAGCUGUAUAUUACCAUGAUGUCGCCUUUCUGUGUUUCACCAACAUGGGCCUCUGUCGGGCGAUGGUCUUGGCUACAAUCUUCUUAUUUUCUUUGCCAAUCUGUGCCUGUAUAUGAAUCUAUUGACACUGUUAGUUUAUGAAAGAUAAUAAAAUAUAAACAUCU